AUGAACUCUCCCACCGAGUCGGCAGAUGGGAUGCCAGGCCGGGAACCAUCCUUGGAAAUCCUGCCUCGGACCCCUCUACAUGGCCUCCCUGUGGCAGUGGAGGUGAAGCCGGUGCUGCCAGGAGCCAUGCCCAGCUCCAUGGGGGGCGGGGGAGGAGGCAGCCCCAGCCCCGUGGAGCUGCGGGGUGCGCUGGCAGGCCCCGUGGACCCCGCGCUGCGGGAGCAGCAGCUACAGCAGGAGCUCCUGGCGCUCAAGCAGCAGCAGCAGCUGCAGAAGCAGCUCCUGUUCGCCGAGUUCCAGAAACAGCACGACCACCUGACCCGGCAGCACGAGGUCCAGCUGCAGAAGCACCUCAAGGUGAGCGAGGGAGGCCUCGCUCCCCCUGCGCCCCUGCAGCAGCAGCAGGAGAUGCUGGCAGCCAAGAGGCAGCAGGAGCUGGAGCAGCAGCGGCAGCGGGAGCAGCAACGGCAGGAGGAGCUGGAGAAGCAGCGGCUGGAGCAGCAGCUGCUCAUCCUGCGAAACAAGGAGAAGAGCAAAGAGAGUGCCAUCGCCAGCACUGAGGUGAAGCUGAGGCUCCAGGAAUUCCUCCUGUCGAAGUCAAAGGAGCCCACACCAGGCGGCCUCAACCAUUCCCUCCCACAGCAUCCCAAAUGCUGGGGAGCCCACCAUGCUUCUUUGGACCAGAGUUCCCCUCCCCAGAGCGGCCCCCCUGGGACGCCUCCCUCCUACAAACUGCCUUUGCUUGGGCCCUACGACAGCCGCGAUGACUUCCCCCUCCGCAAAACAGCCUCCGAACCCAACUUAAAAGUACGUUCGAGGCUAAAGCAGAAGGUGGCCGAGCGGAGAAGCAGCCCCCUCCUGCGCCGCAAGGACGGGACUGUCAUUAGCACCUUUAAGAAGAGAGCUGUUGAGAUCACAGGUGCCGGGCCUGGAGCGGCAGCCGUGUGUAACAGCGCGCCAGGCUCCGGCCCCAGCUCUCCUAACAGCUCCCACAGCACCAUCGCCGAGAAUGGCUUUACUGGCUCAGUCCCCAACAUCCCCACCGAGAUGCUCCCCCAGCACCGGGCCCUCCCUCUGGACAGCUCCCCCAACCAGUUCAGCCUCUACACGUCUCCCUCUCUGCCCAACAUCUCCCUAGGGCUGCAGGCCACGGUCACCGUCACCAACUCGCACCUCACCGCCUCCCCGAAGCUUUCGACGCAGCAGGAGGCCGAGAGGCAGGCCCUCCAGUCCCUGCGGCAGGGUGGUGCACUGACGGGCAAGUUCAUGAGCACAUCCUCUAUCCCCGGCUGCCUGCUGGGCGUGGCACUGGAGGGCGACACCAGCCCCCACGGGCAUGCCUCCCUGCUGCAGCAUGUGCUGCUGCUGGAGCAGGCCCGGCAGCAGAGCACCCUCAUUGCUGUGCCACUCCACGGGCAGUCCCCGCUGGUGACGGGUGAGCGCGUGGCCACCAGCAUGCGGACGGUGGGCAAGCUCCCUCGGCACCGGCCCCUGAGCCGCACUCAGUCCUCGCCGCUGCCCCAGAGCCCCCAGGCCCUGCAGCAGCUGGUCAUGCAGCAGCAGCACCAGCAGUUCCUAGAGAAGCAGAAGCAGCAGCAGCUGCAGCUGGGCAAGAUCCUCACCAAGACUGGGGAGCUGCCACGGCAGCCCACCACCCACCCCGAGGAGACAGAGGAGGAGCUGACAGAGCAGCAGGAGGCCUUCCUGGGGGAGGGGGCCCUGGCCAUACCCCGAGAAGGCUCCACGGAGAGUGAGAGCACACAGGAAGACCUGGAGGAGGAGGAGGAGGAGGACUGCAUCCAGGAGGAGGAGGACUGCAUCCAGGUCAAGGAUGAGGAGGGCGAGAGUGGUGCUGAGGAGGGGCCCGACUUGGAGGAGUCCAGUGCUGGUUACAAAAAGGUGUUUGCAGAUGCCCAGCAGCUGCAGCCUCUGCAGGUGUACCAGGCGCCCCUCAGCCUGGCCACUGUGCCUCAUCAGGCCCUGGGCCGCACCCAGUCCUCACCUGCCGCCCCUGGGGGCAUGAAGAGCCCCCCGGACCAGCCCACCAAGCACCUCUUCACCACAGGUGUGGUCUAUGACACGUUCAUGCUGAAGCACCAGUGCAUGUGCGGCAACACACACGUGCACCCCGAGCACGCUGGCCGGAUCCAGAGCAUCUGGUCUCGGCUGCAGGAGACAGGCCUGCUCAGCAAGUGUGAGCGGAUCCGGGGUCGCAAAGCCACGCUGGACGAGAUCCAGACGGUGCACUCCGAAUACCACACCCUGCUCUAUGGGACCAGCCCCCUCAACCGACAGAAGCUGGACAGCAAGAAGCUGCUCGGCCCCAUCAGCCAGAAGAUGUACGCCAUGCUGCCUUGUGGGGGCAUCGGGGUGGACAGUGACACCGUGUGGAAUGAGAUGCACUCCUCCAGUGCCGUGCGCAUGGCGGUGGGCUGCCUGGUGGAGCUGGCUUUCAAGGUGGCGACGGGGGAGCUCAAGAAUGGUUUUGCCAUCAUCCGGCCCCCAGGACACCACGCGGAGGAAUCCACAGCCAUGGGAUUCUGCUUCUUCAACUCUGUAGCCAUCACGACCAAACUCCUGCAGCAGAAGCUGAAUGUGGGCAAGGUUCUCAUCGUGGACUGGGACAUUCACCACGGCAAUGGCACCCAGCAAGCAUUCUACAACGACCCCUCCGUGCUCUACGUCUCCCUGCAUCGCUAUGACAAUGGGAACUUCUUUCCGGGCUCUGGGGCUCCUGAAGAGGUUGGCGGAGGGCCGGGCGUGGGGUACAAUGUGAACGUGGCAUGGACGGGAGGUGUGGAUCCCCCCAUCGGAGACGUGGAGUACCUAACGGCCUUCAGGACAGUGGUGAUGCCCAUUGCCCACGAGUUCUCACCUGACGUGGUCCUGGUCUCCGCCGGGUUUGAUGCUGUCGAGGGACACCUGUCUCCGCUGGGUGGCUACUCUGUCACCGCCAGAUGUUUCGGCCACUUGACCAGGCAGCUGAUGACGCUGGCAGGGGGCCGGGUGGUGCUGGCCCUCGAGGGAGGCCAUGACUUGACCGCCAUCUGUGAUGCCUCUGAGGCCUGUGUCUCCGCUCUGCUCAGCGUGGAGCUGCAGCCCUUGGACGAGGCAGUCUUGCAACAAAAGCCCAACGUCAACGCAGUGGCCACGCUAGAGAAAGUCAUCGAGAUCCAGAGCAAACACUGGAGCUGUGUGCAGAGGUUCGCUGCUGGUCUAGGCCGUUCCCUGCGGGAGGCCCAGGCCGGUGAGACAGAGGAGGCUGAGACUGUGAGCGCCAUGGCCUUGCUGUCGGUGGGGGCCGAGCAGGCCCAGGCUGCUGCAGGCCGGGAGCACAGCCCCAGGCCGGCAGAGGAGCCCAUGGAGCAGGAACCUGCCCUGUGA